AUGGAUAAAAUUGUUUUAUUAUGUUUGGUGUCAAUUGGCAAUGUUUGCACUGAACAUAGUACGAGACAGACGGAAGGGUAUCCAGCAGGAUUCCUGGCUAAUUGUCCAGGAACGAACAAAGAAGCAAUCAUCACAAAGAAGAGUCUCAAGUACCUCUCAAUUGUCGUACAGAGUGGAGAAGGAUUAACUGCAAGACAUAGGAAAUACAACUAUUACCAAACCAGCGAACUUGCCAAAGAUCCAGACUUAGACUUUAAUAGGACUACCCUCUUAUAUGUGGGGGGAUAUUUGGACAGUCCUAGUUUUUUUGUAGCUAGGACGAUCGGCUUAGUAUAUAAUAGUUUAGGAUACAACGUGCUAUUGCUUGACACUAAUAUGUUUACUACCAUGGAAUAUCCAAGAGCCGCAAGAUUUAUGCCCACUGUUGGGAAACAUGCAGCGGAAAUGCUGGCAGACUUAACUCAGGUAGGACUGGAUCCCAAAAAAUUAGAACUCGUCGGACUCAGCUUAGGUGGACAAACUGCCAGUUUCAUAGCCAAAAACUAUAAAUUAAUCACCGGUACAAAGAUAUCUCGUCUCACAGGACUAGACCCAUCCGGUCCUUGCUUCAGGAACCUGGGACCUGAGGAGAGAAUUGAUAAAGGCGACGCCGAUUUCGUAGAUAUCGUUGCGACGAACAUUGACGGUUAUGGGAUGGCGACGCCCGCCGGUCAUGUAAAUUUUUACGUCAACGGGGGCGAGUACCAACCUGGUGAAAUUUUCUGGGUAUUUUGUGAUGUUAUCUGUAGUCAUGUACGGGCUUUGACAGUCUGGAUUUCUGCCUUGAAGAACCAAGACUCGUUCAUUGCGAUACAAUGUGAUUCGGUUCAACAAGCAAGGGAUAAGGAUUGCUUUGAUCGGAAGCCUAAAGUUACGACGGUGUUUGGUUUGAAAACGGAUAAAAGCAAGGAGGGUAUUUUCUAUUUGAGUACGGAUCAUAAGUACCCAUUUUACUUGGGUCAACGGGGUGUGUUUAAAGAAAAUGAUUUUACUCUAUCUAUGACUAGGCUUGCAAAUAGGGAGAAAGUUUUGAAAAUAUAG